UUCAAAUCUGAGUGUUCAUGGCAUCCAAACAGCCAUUUACAGAUUCUGACAUUGCUGAUGAAGCAGUCAGAGCAACUUGCGACGAUGCAUCGAUAUGCAAAAGGUUUGCUACCAGUAAAGGUUACUGGACUGACCUCUACGUCCAGUAUUUUGUGAGGCAAGCAGGUGAACGUAAAGCACCUGAGAUCAACAGAGGUUAUUAUGGACGUGUCAAAGGAAUGAAUCUUCUUAUUGAUGCUUUUCUCAAGAAGACACAAUGUGACUGCCAGGUGGUCAAUCUUGGGGCAGGACUGGAUACUACUUUUUGGAGAUAUUCAAAUGAAAACAUUAUGCCAAAAAAGUUCUUUGAAGUCGACUUCCCAAUGAUUGUUGCAAGAAAAAUACACCACAUCAAGACGAAGCCUCCACUAUCAAAACCUUUGAUUGAGACCCACUCCACUGAUUCACUCCUUCUGGAUGGUCACAGCCUUGACUCGGACAGAUAUUGUAUUAUCGGUGCUGAUCUAAGAGACUUUCCAACUUUAGAGGAGAAACUAAAAAAGUUCCAGAUAAAUCCAGAGUUACCCACUCUGUUUUUGUCUGAGUGUGUACUGGUGUACAUGACCUCUGAGCAGUCCUCUAAACUGGUGCACUGGGUUGCAGACACCUUCCCCACGGCCAUGUUCAUUAACUAUGAGCAGGUGAACAUGAAUGAUCGCUUUGGGGAGAUCAUGAUUGAGAAUCUACAGAGACGACAGUGCAAUCUGGCUGGGGUGGAUCUGUGUCAGUCUCUGGACUCUCAAAAGGAGCGCUUUCUGUCAGCAGGCUGGAAAAGUGUAAACGCACUGGACAUGAUGACGGUCUACAGCAUGCUUCCUCAGGAAGAUGUAGCUAGAAUUGAGCGUCUUGAGUUUUUAGAUGAAAAGGAACUUCUCCAACAGCUUCUACAACACUACUGCAUUUGCUGGGCUGUAAAAGAUAAGCUCAAUCUAGGCCUCUCACAAAUUGGGUUUUAAACGUCAGUUGGGACUUGGUUGUAAAAGUUUCAUUUGAAUCAGCAAGAGUGGACAGGAUGCUCUUCUUGACCCUUUUCAGAGGAUAGGAAGGGGAAGUCAUUUAUAUCUUUUUUUCCAUUUUUGAGCACAAUAAAAAUGGAGACUACUGGCAUCAGCG